AGUCAUGUAGGACGCGCAUGAUCGUUUGCUGCAAAAACUUUGUCUCAAGUCAGCCAAUGUCGUAAAUACCUAAUUUGUCAGCCUUCAAAAUAAACAGAUGAAUGAACUUACCUCUCUUAAAGAUGAUAUCAGCGUGAGGAAAUUGUUUUAAUUGCUUGAUCGAGUGUCAACGGAACCCCAUUCACAUCCCCGUAUUUGAUUUGUUCUGCGUCUGGACUUCACAACAAGCAGAAGCAGUCGGCGGAGAGUCCACGAUGGGAGACCCGCAGCCUGUGUCAUGCAAAUGCCCCACUGACACGGCCAGAGUCUCACCCGGAGUCAAAAGACGCCACAGGAACAAGGACAAAAUGUCGGGGAAGGCUGACAGGACGUCUCACGGCAUCCUGCUAGCACCGCACUCCCUCGCCAUCCUCCUGAAGAUCUCGGACGACGAGCGCCCGCAGUUCCUGACGCGUACGGGCCGCGACAUUUUCUCGGACUUCGUCGCCCAGAACCGCAACUCCUUCUGGAACAAGGACUUGGUAAGCGGCAUCAACCGCAUCGACUACCUAGGCUGGUUCGAUCCCCAGACGCUCUUCGUCCAGGGCUCGGAGAAGGACUUGGAGGCGCUUCGAGAUGCUUGGACGCGACGCUCACUCAGACCUCCUCGUCAGUUUGUCAUCGAGAGUUUAGGUGAUGUCUGUCAGGUCCAGCUGGCCCCGGUGUCUCAGUCCCACUUCAUCCCCCUCCCUGAUGUCCUGUGUCAGACCAUUGCUGAACUCAACUGUGGCAAAGGAAUCGCAACACAGGACGAAAUAGCGGAGUACCUUCAGCAGAAGUUCAGUGGAGUACCCAUUCCUGACCAGGACGUCCUGCAUGAACUACUGGGAGAACUGAUCAAGGAGAGAAAGGUUUACCACAAUGGGGAAGAGUACCGCAUCGUCACCCCGGAGACAUACACAGCCACUAGCCCUCCCACUCCAUACCCCACCAUUCCUCCGGCACCCCCACCAUCCUCCAUCCCCAGCCCCAAUGAGGCCAGGAACCCCAUGUACUUCCCCCCUGCCACAGAGAAGGUUGUCCCCAUGCUGGCUGUACCAGUGGAAGGUCAGGAGGGGUCAAACAGAAAGGCGGGGUCAGCUCCGACCAGGAGCCACUCAGAAGAGAAGUACCAGUUCAAGCGCAGUCAUUCCAUGCGUGUGCCAUCUGAGAAAGACCGCUCCUCUAGUCUGGGCAGAACUGAGUCCUACAGGAUGGGCAGGUGCAAGACUGUGGGCUUCAACCUCACACCAAAAGAAGUGUUACAAGACUACUAUGGAAGCGAAAAAUCCUUCCGCUUGUUUGGGUUCAAGCUCUUUCGCUGGGGGAGAUCUAGCAAGAACAAGAAGGAUCAUGGGAAGGGGCCAGCCAAGCAGUAUGCCACCUUCUCAGGACAGUUUCCUCCUGAAGACAUCUCCAGGGUUCCCUGUCUGAAGCAGAGUGACCGCCGCCCCUCAGAGCUGACGGUGGAGAACCUUCAUAAGCACAACUUGGAGAUCCAGAAGCAGUUCCAGGACAGGGGACAGAGCACCUCCCAAACGGUGACAGCAGAUGUGCACCAUGAUGACCCUCAGGGCUCCAAGGGACAAGAGAAGGAAAAGCCCAAGAGCAAACACAGUGAUGAGAGGCACAGGAAACGAAGGCACAGAAAACACCGCAGUAGGAGGCAGGAGAAAGAUAACCACCAAGCCCCUACAGAAGAUAGAGCCGAUCCUGUCAACCAGAGGGUUAGUGAGGGGAACUCAAGACCCCAGCACAACAUGGAGGUGUCCCCUGCAGUGCCUGGUAUUCAUGACCACACAUAUACAGACAGGCUCAGUGUUGAAGCAGAAAAUGCUCAUUUUGAGGAGGCUGUACCACCGCCAACAACUACACAGAACACUUUCAGAAGAACACCGAGGCCAGUAUCAUGGGAUGGCUCUGUAACACGUGUUCCUGUCAAUGUGCACAAUGGUGGCCAUAUUGGUGAUGAUUUGAGGCACCCACAACAGGCACAGAACAUUGAUUUUGAUCAGAACUACUAUGCAGAGAUUGAAAACCAUCAGCAGAUCUACAGCGAGCCUGACCACUUUGAAGAGGAACACCAGUUCACAAGCUCUUACGAGUACCCAGACAAUGCAACUGUGGUGAGUGAAACAUUUUCAGAGUUAGAGAGGAAACAAGCUCAGUACCGAAGUUUCCCCCAUGGAGCGAACACACAGAACAAUGUUACCAGGUACAGGCAUGUAAGUGAUUCGUCCUGCACCACUACUGAUUACAGUCAGAGUCAUGGCUAUCCAGAGGAGAGAUGGCAUGCACAAGAACCACCUUACAACAGCAGACAUCCCCAGUACAGCAUGGGUGCUGCCGCUGCAAUCCCUGAAGUCCAGAGUGAUGGAGAAGUAGAGGACCUGAGGAAGGAGAUCGAGCGAAGCUUGGCACGGCCAAACUCUCUAACCAACCAAAGAAGAAAGCAACUCUUGCUCCAAGUGGCAGAGUCGUUUGACGGCAGCGACAUGGACAGUGGGUUCAACUCGCCACGCACGCGCAACAGCAUAGCCUCUGAGGCAGCCAUGUCCGAUGGCCAGCGCAGCAGGCGUAGUCUCGCAUCAGAGUAUGACAGCAACGAACCCGUCCGUCCCUUCGUCAAACCAUACUCAUCUUACUCGAUGCACAACAGACUUCCCCGGCCCUACAUGGAGCAAGUGGAGGAGAAGGGGGAGAGCAAAGAAGCGCUCAACUGUCUCAGUACUGAGAACAUGUGCAUGGACAUGAGCAACCCCAUGAGGGUGGGCUUGUACAGUGAGAAAGACAGACAGGGAAAUAAGUUGUCUCCCCGAUCCAGAACUCCUGAACAGCUUCUGAAGGAGAGGGGUCCAUUCAUUGGUUGUACCCAUGGACCCAGAGUGAGUGUUGGAGGAAAUUUGUAGAUACGGUAGUGUGUGAUUGUAGAGAGCAUCCAGAGGGAAAAUGUGUAUAUAGCUGGAACCACAUGAAAGACCAAGAUCAGGAUCUGUAGACUUUUACUCUAUCAGCUGUAAUAAUACAAAAGUAUCAAACUUCUUGGGAAUGGUACUUCUCAAGGGUUUGCAAUUUGUAUAUAGAUAUUUUGCAAUGUUUCUACAAAAAUGUGUGUUUUUGCAGUUGUUUAUGAGAUGGUGAUUUUUACAUCAUAUGACAGUGAUUAUAUUCCAUUUUGGCACUUUAAUGUAUACAUCUGUGAAACAUUCGUAAUCAUCUCAGGUGGAUUCUCUCUCAAAUUAUGGUGCAACUGGUUGGUAAAUUUUGUCUGUUAAUUGCAUAGUUCUAUUAGCAUGGACUGGAUGAAAUUGUUGUCCCGCCAAAACAUGUUGUCAUGAAUGAUGAAUUAUGAAUGGUGCCAUCUAUUGUUCUAAUGUAUAUAACAUCUACUUUAAGUUUGUAACAUUGCUGCAAAGAAGCAUGUACCUAUAUAAUAUAGUCAACAACCUGUACUGUAUAUGGGGAAACUAGAAGAUGGGGUAGUAAUUCAGUAAAAAGUUUGGUAUUACCUUAUGGAUAGGCUUUAACAAAAAAUAAGCAAAAAGGGUUUGUGAACUUGUUCACCUGGUGGGACAUACAAAUGUAGAGUGUUAAUGAUAGCAACUUUGUUGAUGUCUUUAUUGGACAGAAAGAGUUCACUCACUCACGGCCCAUAACCACAGUGGUCGUGAAAGAAUUACCACUGUCAUUACAAGAAACGUCAGUAACCUAAUUUAUGUCAAGAAAAACUCAUUUGAUGGGCUUGUUUCUUGGUAGAAAGUCAAAACGGGACACAAUGGUUUGUAGGGUUUAUGCAGUUUUACUCAAAUAUUACCAUCUUUUCAAGUACAUAUGUAUUAGAAUGAUAAGGCUUGCUGUGAUUUUAUUCAUCUAUAACAGAACCAAGAAGGGAUAGUAAAGAAAUAUUAUGACAUUAGCCUCCUUUGCAGACUUUUAGGAGUGCCAGUGCUGAUUCAUUAUUUUCAACAUGUUUCUCUAAUGUUGGGAGAGGGAGUUUUACAGCAACGUAAGAGAACCUGGCCCACCUUGAAAAUUGCAAAUCAGUACUUCCCCCCCAAAAUAAACUCCAAUGCCACUAGAAGUCUACAAAGGAGGCUAGGUAACAUGCUCGAAGGUGUGCACUCUUUUCAUAGUUAUGUCAGUAUAGUGUGUAUAUGUUAUUUGAUGGUUGUACUGUCAUACAAUGAAUGUUGUAUAUAUUUCUGUAGUUGAUUUUUGUAAAUCUUAAAAUCUACAACAAUUCACUGCACCACAUUAAAUGCAGAAAGGCAGGGUAGAGAAUGAUAUGCAAUAAAGAACAUUUCAUUUCUGGCAACAGAAAAAUGGGAAAGUGAGGGGGUAUUUUCCUUCAAGUUGCAGGGGCAGCCACAAACUUUCAUCUUGUAUUUUUUGUGGUAAAAACAUCCUGAAAAAAUCAUUACAUUUUCCAUGCAGCUGUGGGCCCCCUCCCCCAUGUAACAUUGUGGCACAACUCUUACAUCGUAAUUUUCAUUAUCUUAGCCUGUUGUGCAAGGAAGGAAUUAUAUAACAUGAACUUAUACAAUAGAACAGUCAUUUGAUCCAAUGUCAGGAGGAAGAUGCCACCAAAAGCAGUUCUUUUUAGGAUAUAACUGAUCUCAACAUGACCAAGAUCUUUUAUUUCAAUUUUGUUUUCUAUUGAUGAUUUUUGUUACCACUGAUUCAUUGACAAGUGAUGUUAUCUUGUGGUUGUUUGUGCUGUUAUAAAAGU